AUGCAGGAACAUCUACUUUGCUCAUUUUUUCCCUUAGUUCAGUAUGGUUUCAUUGCUCGUAAAAGAAAAGGUGUGGUUCUCGAUUCCUCUGCCCUGGCUCUUUUAACGAAUAGCGGCGUCGUGCAGUUGUAUAUCAACGAGGUUGUUCUGGGAACCGCCUUUGGCGUGAUUAUUGGUCCUCAUUGUGCCGGUGGAUUCGACCCCAGGUCUUGGGGAAGUCAAACGCAGAGGAUUACACUCGAAGUCAUGCGGAUCGUGCUCGCCACCGGUCUGUUCGCUAUUGGUGUAGAACUGCCGCGCGCGUACAUGGCAAAACAUGCGAAAGGCUUGCUAGUCAUGGUCGUACCCACGAUGGCAUUCGGCUGGGUGAUCGUUGCAGCGGCCAUAUACGGUUUAUUCCCCGGCUACGACUACAUUUCUGCCCUCGUAGUGGCUGCUUGCUUGACGCCAACCGAUCCCAUCAUCAGCGCAGCUAUUGUUGGUGGCAAGUUCGCGGUCAAGCAUAUUCCCGUCAACUUGCACCAUAUCAUAUCCGCUGAGUCGGCAGCUAACGACGGCUUUGCCUACCCCUUCUUGAGCAUAUCAAUUUAUCUCACCGUCGAUAGUUCCCGUCGGCAGGCAAUCGGUGACUGGUUCCUGGUGGGCUGGUUAUGUAUCGUGACGGCAGGUCUCCUGUUUCGUCACCUCAUGAAGUUCUCGUAUCGCAAAGGCUUCAUAGACCGCGAGUCAUACGUGGCCCAGUACCUUGCCUUGGCACUUCUCACUAUCGGGAUCUGCAGUACCAUUGGCAGUGAUGACCUCCUCGGUGCAUUUGCAGCUGGUACUGCCAUCAACUGGGAUGGCCGUUUCCACGACCAGACCGAGAAAGAAGUCUUCUCGUCUGUGAUCGACUUUCUGCUCAAUUGCGGUUGUUUCAUCUAUAUUGGUGCUUGGCUGCCAUUCGAGCAGUUCAACUCGCCGGAAUUGGGCAUCACGCCUUGGCGUCUCGUUCUCCUGUUUAUUGCCAUUGUCUUCCUUCGUCGCAUCCCUCCAUUGCUGCUGUUGUACAAAUGGGUACCAGAGAUUGCCAACUGGCGUGAAGCUCUCUUCUCGGGACAUUUUGGUAGGUAUUUCUCGGAUAUGGGCGUCGGAGCCAUUUUUGUGUCCACUCUCGCUCUGACCAGGCUCCCGACGCCACAGUCUCCGCCGAAAGAUCAAGCUGAGCAUCUUGCUGCAACUCUGCAAAUUAUCGUAUCUUUCGUCGUCUUGGGGUCUAUCAUCAUUCAUGGCCUCUCUAUACCGUUCUUCACCCUCGGGGAGAAUGUC